AUGCCGUAUGCCACCUAUGCACAUUUGUCACUUGCCGCAAUCACUGGUCCCAGGCACUCGUCACAGUCACUGGUCCCAGGCACCCGUCACAGUCUCUGGUCCCAAGCACCCUUCACAAUCUCAGGUCCCAGGCACCCGUCACUGGCACUAAGUUAUGAGGAAUCAGUGGACGAUGGUAGCGAGUGUGUUGCUGCUGUUGUGGAUGCUAUCUCUCACACUCAGACAACAGCAAAUAUCACCAGGGUGGUGGGAGAGAAGCCAGAAGCUGAGGCAGCGGGUAAGGCAUACAUGUACUUCCUUCAACGUGUCUUCGGAGGUCACUCAGCGUCAGAGGAAAUCUACGUGCACCCCAAGGCGUCCUCUACUGCAGGUCCCAAGGUGCGCCCCCACCACCUUCUGAGUGUCCACAAAGUGGCAAGCGACCGGAAACGUGUUGGCUGA